UCCAUCUAUAAAUAUUCUCAUAUACCUUAACAUUUUUUCUCAUCAUUCCAUUGUUUUCUCUCCAAUCAAAAAUAUAUUUCAUUAAAAUUCAUCAUGAAUCAUUCUAAUUUUAAUUUUUAUGAUGCUUUUGAUUUUGAUGAUGAUACUCCUAUAUUGGCUUUUCAAGUUGCUGCUGCUGUGGUUGCUGAAGAAGAAUCGAAUAAUCAAGGGCGGAGAACAGGGUAUCGUGGCUCUAUUCUUGGCCACAAUAUUGUCAAUCGUAAUAGAAAGGAAGAUCUUACUGAUGAAUAUCUUCAAAUUGGAGAAAGCACUGCGAUAGAAAGUCUUAGAGCUUUCGUCAAAGCAAUUGUAGAAGUUUUUGGUGAUUGGUAUCUAAGGGCACCAAACGAGGCCGAUAUUUGUCGAUUAUUAUCAAUUGGAGAGCAGCGUGGAUUUCCUGCUGAAGGUCGUACUGCUCCUGUCAAUUAUACAAUUAAUGGGCAUGAAUAUACAAUGGGAUACUAUUUAGCAGAUGGGAUUUAUCCUAAUUGGUCAACUUUUGUUAAGACAAUCCCAAGGCCAUUAGGAGCAAAGAGAAAAUAUUUUGCAAGUAAGCAAGAGUCUGCAAGAAAGGAUGUAGAGCGGGCAUUUGGAGUGCUCCAAUCUCGUUUUGCAAUUGUACGUGGACCUGUUCGAUACUGGGAUGAAGAAACGCUUGCAAAUAUUAUGAAAGCUUGCAUAAUAAUGCAUAAUAUGAUUAUUGAAGAUGAAGGAGCAAUGAACCUUGGAUUUGACCAUGAACGUGAAGUCAAUUCCUUUAUAUCAGUGUCACAUGGUGAAAUACCAGAACUACAUGAUUUUCUUCAAACUCAUAAUCGAAUCAGGGAUAGAGCAACUAGCUCUCAACUACAAGAAGAUUUGGUUGAACAUUUAUGGGAACAAUAUGGUAACGAGUAGAAUUAUUAGCUUUGAACUUCUUAUGUCAUCAUAAUUUUCAAGUUUUUUAUGUUUUUUUUUCAUUAUGGUUGUUGUCUUUUAAGUUAAUUAAUCUUACUUAUUGUU